AUGUCGAGCGUAGAUUACAACAUCAACGCAGUUUCCUCUCAUAUUAACGUCGUUGCAGAUUUUAAUGCCGACUCCGACAUCUCUCGCCCCGACCUCGACGGACUCAGCGCUGGGCGCGGCGGUGAGUAUCAGGAAGCAGCAGUGAAACGCAUGGUGGAUGGUCCAAGACUGGGCAUAGGCAAGUCUAUUGCUCUGGAUUAG